UUGGACCGGCUCCCCAAGGCAGCGUCGGCCGCCUACACGUACUUCCUGAAGAACCAGGAGGACCCGGACACCCGACAGAACAUGCUCUUCUACCGGGACAAGGCCGGUGUGCCAGAGAAACACUUCCUCGACAUGGAGAUGGUCACGUACAAGGAGGAGUACAUCCGUGCCAUGAUGGCUCACAAAGCGGAGCUGUGGACGGGUGUGAUCAGACACCUGGAGAUGUGUGUGGAGGAUUACUUUGUGCAGGAUGAGCGCUGUCAGGCCGACUGUCAGGGAAAGACGCGCAUGAGAGGGACAGAGUUCAGCACGGGGAUUGCAGAUCUGAUUAUCGAUAUUCUGACCUGCCGUCUGAACUGUGAGGAGCAGCUGAGUGCUGUGUACUCCGAACCCAUUGACUUUUUCCUACAGGAUAUCUUCCAUUAUCUCAACUUUGCUUAUUACAAAGUCGGUGAUUAUGAGAAAUCGGCAGAGGCAAUCGCCUCUUGCCUGCAACUCAAUGGAAGCCAUCAGGUGAUGAAGGACAACAAAGAGGUACUAAAGAAGAAAAUCGACUAUGCAGAUGAGGACUUUGUGGCUAGAGAGAGCGUUGUGGAGUAUGCGGCACAAAAGAGAGAGAUGCAAGACCUCAUGGACUUUAUCAACAAGAACUAUAAAUGGCCAGAUAUUAAUGAGAAUGUGGAGGAUGAAGAGGAAGACGAAGAUAUUCUCCAGCAAGAUAACGUCGAGUCUGACGACUGGAUGACACGGUACGAGAAGCUGGGCAUGCACAUCAUCGCCAAAGCCGAGGAUCUGAGUCGCGCUCAGCGGUUUGUCACGGACGGCCUUCUCAAGCCUGAGCAGUGUGAGGAGCUGUUGAUGCUGGUGGAGAGACUGGAGCGAAGCCCUGAUGAAGAGUACGAAGCGUCUCUGAGAUUGUUCAUCCGAGCGGCUGAAGCCAUCAGACACUACACACAGAGGUACACGGAGGCACCGGACGCCUAUUAUUUGAAACACACGUCGGUUGUGUGCUGGUCUCAGCCAUCUGAACUGAAAGAGAAACUGGACUGUUACCGCCAGGAGCACGGGUCUUGUGUCAGGUUUGACGACAUGUCGGAUGAGCUUUACGUGGACGCCUUCACCACCGUGACGUACCUCAACACGGCAGAUGAAGAUGGAGAUUUUGUUUUCCUCGGUGAGAACAGAGGAGUGGAUAACUCGUUUGGCGUGAAGUGUGGACGUACUGUAGGCUUCAACUCUGGCGACCGCCACACUUUGAAGAUCCCCAAGGGCAACAGCCAGCGCUGUGCCAUGGUCAUUGACUACACCAUCUACCGCAGCGAUGAUGAGAAAGAAUACCAGGACACUCUCUCUUUGUUGCACAGAGUGGACGAGCUGAGACUGGCGAGUGCACAGAAGAGUUCCGAGGUUGUCAUGAAAGCGUUUGAUGAUAAAGGUGUGAAGAUCGUGAAGAAAAGUGAUGACCUUCAGGGGAAAGAACGGUUUGUGGCUGAUGGACUGGCCACAGACGCCCAGUGUAACACGCUGAGGAACAUGGUGCUGGAAAUGGGUAAAGCUGGAGACGGCUAUGAAGGGCAAAAGUCUCCCCACACCAUCAAUGAAAUGUUUGCUGGUCUUUCGUUAGUUCAGGUCGCUCAGAGUGGGGCUCUAGUUGGUGACGGGUAUGACCACCUCAAAUCGAAAACCUUCUUCGUCUCUCCUCACACCGAACAUGAAUUGUACCAAGGCAUCACUAUUUAUAGGGCUUCCAAGCUGAUGCACAUGGGCAUGAUCUCUACCUUCGGCUUGCGCGCGUUCUUGGAGCUGAGUGAAGACGCGCGUUUGCUGGUGGAGAAGUACUUUAACCUGACCAAGCCUCUGUACUUUGACUACACUCACCUGGUGUGUCGGACUGCCAUAGAUGAUAGCAAAAGUCAGCGGCAAGACCUGAGCCAUCCCGUACACGCGGACAACUGUCUGCUGCAGCCUGAUGGGUCCUGUACCAAGGACUACCCAGCCUUUACACAGAGAGACUACAGUGCCAUACUUUACCUGAAUGCUGACUUUGAAGGAGGAGAGUUCUUUUUUGCACAUUCCAACAAAAGUGAACAGGCCAGAAAGACGCUGAAGCAGGUGGAGAAGGACCAGCAGUCUGAGGAGAAAAUUGUCCACGAAGAUCUGUAGCCGUUCUUUCCAACCUGACACUUCUUGUGAUGGCAACCUAGCAUUAUGAUGAUAUGUCAAAUGUCUUGUGCUCUUAUAGACUGUGUUUACAGAAUCUUGAUGAUCUCUCAGUGCGUGUGUGUUGUGCUGCUACAAAAUUGAGUGCAUAUUGUGGGUAUGUUGCUGGUCUGCUUUUUGUUUGUGAAGUAAUGAAUGGAUUGUGUGGAGUGAACGAGAGGGCAA